GUAUCGAAGCUCCCACUGUUAAUUUUGUACAUUGGAUUAGCUCGAGCGAAUGUGAUUUCCAAAUUAGGGUUUUGCUUUGUCUCCAAUUCUGUAUUCCAAACUUCAAUUGGGGUUUUUGUUCGUGGAUGGAAUUGGAUCAUCUUGGUUUUUAUUCGGUCUUGUUUGCUAAUUGCUAGACCUAACAAGUGAACUGGAAAGUCGGUAACUUGAUACUUUCAGCACAGUUUUUUUAAAACUCGGCAGUCAUGAGUUUUGUUUUCCGGGGGACAAGAGGCGAUAUUGAGAGUGGGUUUCCCGAAUUCAUACCAGAGCGGCGCGCAAUGCGUGUUCAUACAGCACGCUCUGUCAAUUCCAACUCACUUGCUUUUCUCGUCACAGUUCUACUGCUAUUUAUGAUACUGAACUCGCACCAAAUGUCUCCUAAUUUCCUGCUGUGGCUAGUCCUCGGGGUCUUUUUGAUGGCUACAACGUUAAGGAUGUAUGCAACCUGUCAACAGCUGCAAGCUCAAGCACAGGCUCAUGCAGCAGCCGCCAGUGGCCUUCUUGGUCAUACUGAAUUGCGGUUGCAUAUGCCACCAUCCAUAGCACUAGCAACAAGAGGCCGCCUUCAAGGUCUCAGGCUUCAGCUUGCACUUCUUGACCGUGAAUUUGAUGACCUAGAUUAUGAAACUUUGCGAGCUCUAGACUCCGACAAUGUUCCAUCAGCAUCUUCUAUGAGUGAGGAAGAGAUAAAUGCUCUUCCUGUCCACAAAUAUAAAGUUGCGGGUCCUCAAAAUGGUACCUCAUUGACGCAACAAGCUUCAACCUCAGUACCUGCUGAGCAGAAGAAGCAAGAAACUGCUGAUGUUGGGAGCACCAAAGCCAUUGAAGAUGAACUGACCUGUAGUGUCUGCUUGGAGCAAGUUAACACGGGGGAGCUCAUCCGCAGCCUUCCUUGCUUGCAUCAGUUUCAUGCUAGUUGCAUUGACCCUUGGCUAAGGCAACAGGGAACAUGCCCAGUGUGUAAAUACAGAGCAGGUUCUGGAUGGCAUGAAAACGGACAAGGUGCAGCAAUGGAUGCUUCUUACAUGGUUUGAUCGUGACAGUGUAACUAGUAGAAUACCUGCCUGCUGAGUUAGGCACAUAAGUUGAAAGGUUAUGGCCCAGAUUGGUGUAAUUACAUUGAUAUAGGUAUUGGGGUCGCACGGAAUUAUGUCAUCAAAACAACAAGUUUGUAUAUUUGAAUUCUUGUGAUUUGAAUUUAUAGCAUAAUCUGAUCGACCUUCAAAUUUAGACAGAA